AUGGAUUUAUUUGAAAAAAUGAUCAUUUUAUACUUAAUGAAACCUAAAUUGGGAUUAAAUGAAAGAAUCGCCAAAGCUGUAUUAAAUCCACGUCCACGUCCUAAAUUGCCUAAAGAAGUUAUUGAUAUAAAGGAAAUGGAAAAUGCUCCAGAAGUUUAUCCCAAUUUCUUGAGUAAUGAACCUAGUACAACUUUGAUUCGCUCUCCUAUGAUGACAGGAAAAACGAAAGGUUUAAGAAAGAAUAUUGAGACUUUAUCUAGAAGUGAAACACGAUUACCUGCUAUUAUUUGA